ACGCGUCAUUCGUGAAAAAAACUUGGUGGUGUUCGGACUUGACGUUCCUGUGUCGAAAGUAAUAAGUUGUCGUGCAAGGAAAAUUUAUGAAAAAUUACAAAUCGAGUGUUAAAUCCAUUCCAAGGGUGUUAUAGAAAUUAUUUGGCAUUUUCGUUUUAAUUGUGAAAAGAUCUAGAAUAUAAAAAAUGGCUGGUGGUAAAGCAGGUAAAGAUUCAGGCAAAGCUAAGGCGAAGGCAGUAUCUCGAUCAGCACGAGCGGGGCUUCAGUUCCCAGUUGGUCGCAUACAUCGUCAUUUAAAGAGCCGCACAACAUCGCAUGGCCGCGUUGGUGCAACGGCCGCCGUAUAUUCUGCUGCAAUUCUGGAAUACUUGACUGCUGAGGUGCUGGAAUUGGCAGGAAAUGCUUCAAAGGAUCUUAAAGUCAAACGUAUCACGCCGCGUCACUUGCAGUUGGCAAUUCGUGGUGACGAAGAAUUAGAUAGUCUGAUUAAAGCAACAAUUGCCGGAGGUGGUGUAAUUCCACAUAUUCAUAAAUCGUUGAUUGGCAAAAAGGAGGACAAUGUUCAGGACCCACAGAGAAAGAAUACUGUAAUUCUUUCCCAAGGGUAUUAAUUCUUAUUUUAUAAUAAAAUUUCUUUUUAACAACUUAUGAUAAUUUUCGUAUUGUUAUACAAGUAAUAUUAAUUAUCAUAUAAUUUUUCUUAAACGGAAAGCCUAACUUUAAACAAAUAUUUUACACGCAAAAUAAGAAAUUGAUGAAAGCAUAAAAUAAAUAAAUAAAAUGUAAAAUUGUCGAAAUUUAGAGAAGACCAAA